CCCAGGUCGCCGAGAAGCUCAGGGAGCCGGAGGCCAUAGUACCCAGCUGCGUGGUCAAGCAAGAAAAAGAAGAGCCAUAGGAAGGAGAGGUCGGCCCUGUCGGCGUCAGGAGAAAGGGAGCUGUGGCGCCGGCGCCGUCGGCGGCGGCCAUGGAGGACGAGCCGCAGGUCAAGCUGCGGUUCGGCUUGUCCUUGUUCCACUGCCGCGCUUGCCUCCGCCCCCUCAGGCCUCCCACGGCCAAGUGCAGCGCCGGGCACGUCGUCUGCGACGCCUGCCGCGGCAGCCACGCUCCGGAGUGUGCCGGCGCCGCCGCCUUCGUCCCCAGCCUCGACGUGGACGUCUACGUGCGCGGCGCCAGGCUGGCGUGCCCCAAUGCGGAGUUCGGCUGCGAGAGCUGCUGCGUCUACUACCAAGCCCGCGACCACGAGCGCGCGUGCCAGUGGGCGCCCUGCUACUGCCCGGAACCGGGCUGCAACGCCUCCGACUCGCCGGCGAGGCUGGCCGCCCACUUCGCCGCCACCCACGCCUGGCCCGUCACCGACGUGAGCUACGCGAAGGUGCACAGGAUCGCCCUGCCGCGGGGGUCGGCCCUGCACCUCCUCGUGAGCAGGGAGGACUCGCAGGUGUUCGUCGUGUCCUCGUCCGCGCUCGGCGCCGGCGCCGGCGCGGCGGCGGCGGCGGCGGCGGCGGCGGCGCUGGCGUGCGUGCGGGCGAACGGCGACGCGGUGGCGGGGGCGCCGCGGUUCCGGUGCACGCUCUGGGUGCAGGACGCGCGCGGCGGCGGGAACGUGGCGAGGGUCACGUUCGAGGUGCCGAGCAGCGACCUGUCCCGCGGGUUCGUGGCCGCGGAGCAGGGCAUGUUCCUGGCCGUGCCGCCGGAGCUGCUGCGCGACGCGCCCGGCGAGGCGCCGGACCUCAUGGUCCGCAUCGACAAGGCUGCGUCCGCCGCUGCGAACUCCCCCAUCACUCCACCAGCUUAGGUGAACGCCCGACCUUUGUGUAGCAGCGCGUGAGAUCUUCUCCGGGUUCAUCACAGUUUGAUAUGUACUGAGAUCAACUCUGGAAAGAAAGGAAGAUCAUCCAAACCAGGGAUGCUUUUGCAUUGUACGCUCCCUAAUGGAGAAUUGUGAUUAAAUGAUGUUACAAUGCUGCC